AUGAGGCUACUGGUGCCACCGAAUGCCAAGGUGAACGAGUUCUCCCUGCCCAGUCCCCAUCUUAAGACAUUUUGCGAAAGCAUCAACGACAGCACUCAACCGCUGCCCAAUUAUUCGACGCCACACCCCGGAGAAACGGAUCUCUUCUUCGCUAGCAUAAAUUCUACUUCGCAUAGAAACUGUCGACGCUUUAGAGGGGCAUUCCUGCCUGAAGAGGAGUCGCCAGUGGCCGCACAGGAA